AUGUCUGGAGUUUUACCUGGAAAUCUUUCUCAGAGCACGGUCGACCAGCAAAUUCUCAUCAACAACUAUCUACAUGUUGCGGCCAUUACAUGUUUGUUCUAUGAUUAUUCAGUCACUUUUGGCACAGAGGUUACUUUCAUCUGGGAGCCACCUAAGAGCCUGGGCGCGUAUUCUUUCCUGGUCAAUAGAUAUUUUGCCAUCAUAGCAAACAUCAUUAUCGUCAUACCUGGAAUAGGGGAGAAUGCUCAUUCAGCACAGGUGCGGUCAAUUUACAUACUUCAAGUGCAACUGAGCUUACGAGUGUACGCUUUGUACAAGCGAUCGCUUCGACUUUUAAUGUUUAUGGUCAUGGUUGCUUCUACUUUGGUCGGUAUAACAUGUUGGACAUUAUUUCACCAGAUGACGGCUAUCGACGAUACGGAGCUUGAUUGCAAGCUUGGAAUAUCGCAUCGGACGCCGUACUCAUCCAUCUCUCCACAACUAAUGUCGGUGCGUGUCCGCAGCGCAACACGAUUGGCUGCGGCUUGGGAAUGCUUAAUUGCGUACGACACCAUGCUGUUCGGAUUUCUUGUCUACAAAGCAUGCAGAUAUCGACGGCGUUGGCCUUUCGAUGGCCAUUUAAUGCCUCUUCAUCACGCUCUGCUUCAAGAUGGGAUAGCAUAUUACUUGUAUUAUUUCACCGAUGUCCUUGCUCUGCAUCUACAGGACACUGACACCAUUUCAGUAUAG